AUGCACAUGGCUCCGAACACACCUACCACUCCCCCCACAUCAUCCUCUAGUACUUGUGCUCCAAUUUCUGCUGCAUCCGCGGUAUUGGACAAGCUGCAGAACUCUCCUGGAGGGUUCUACGCUGCAACACCUAAGCUUGCUUAUCGUGCCGAAUAUUUUCCAGGUGGAUGGGAUGGCAACAUCCUCAUUGCCAAGGGUCGAGACGAUGACCAAGAAUUUAUCGUCCGCGGUGUAUUCCAGAUCAGUCGGAACAAUUUUUAUUUCAUGCCAGAUGCCAACUUUGAUCUGGCGAACAUCUUUCACGGCCGCUUAUCAGAUGUAAAAUUGAGUUGUAGACUCACUGCAGGGCGUAACGACUUGUUCAAGUUUGCAUCAGAAGACUUCCCUGCUAUUCUCGACAAUCUCCGUGCCUUCGAGAAACUCGUUCCCAGCAAAAGAGAUUACGAGACACUCAGUGUCAUCCAUGACUCUCUCGGACACAGAACAAUUAAACUAACUCAUAGCCUCUUCGAAGCUAAGACAACGGACAACGAAAACCAACGCGAUCCUAACGCGAGUGACAAUGACGCAACUGUAGAUAGCAGCCUUGGGUCCGAAUUUAAUAUCGCUACUUGGCCAGUUGCGGAACGGUGUAAAGGUCAUUUGGAGGAUCUUGUAUCCACUCAUGAGAUAUGCCCGUUACCGGCAUACGACAAAAACCACGUUCUGAUCCCACCCCUUCAAUACGAAUCAAAACUCAAAGGUGCACUUGUGGAGGUUCACAUGGCAUUUUGCCAUCAUCGCAUCAACAAAUCAAAGCGCGACAUUUUUAAUUCCAUUCUACGAGAACUCAUUGUACUCUCACCGCCGGCAGCCAUGCCAACCAGCCCCUUCAAACGUCGCCGCCUCAAUGCAGGACCUUCAACAGAACGAACCAAUAAAGGAAAACGAUCAAUCAGAGGAUCCGGGUCUUCACCUUGA